CAGCCGCACAAAGUUGCUGGUCGGGGUGGACCUCUUCUGCCUCUUCUUGGUUCUUGGAUCGCUGCACUCGUAGCAGAUCACCCGCUUCAGAACGUUGGCCGCCAGGAGAGAGCUGCUCUUAUGACAUUGGAGUUUCCCUCUGCGUCACGCAGUUGGAUCUUGACCACUUUCUUUCAACACCACAGCAAGUGUCUUACAGUAAAUCUUCAAACUCGCUAAGCUUUUGAAUACCGUUUCUUAUUUUGGUCUAAAUCUGAUCUCCCAUGUCACCUACUAGCGAUGGGCAUUUGACUAAAUUUGAUUGAUCCGUAAAGGGGAAAACAAUCGAUUUGAUAGUUUCAAAAUAUUUAAGAAUGAGAUGGGAGGAUCGACCGCUGAAUGGUCUCCACUGAAGUUGCUUUGAUGUCAGCAUUUGUAUUAAGCUGAUUAAUUAGCAUAGUUUAACUUCCCUAAAAUGACAUUAUUCGUAUUGCUGUAUGAUUGUUAUGAAUUGGAUUAUUUUGUGUGUGUGUUUUCGCUGCAGUUGUUGUUGUUGUUGUUGUUAAAGUCCUCUCGCUUCUCCUCACGCGGGUCGCGGGCGUGCUGGAGCCUAUCCCGGCCACCUUCGGGCGAGAGGCGGAGUACGCCCUGAACUGGUCGCCAGCCAAUUGCAGGGCACCUAGAAACAAACAAACAAGCAUUCGCGCUCACAUUCACACCUACGGGAAAUUUAGUGUCGUCAAUCGACCUACCACGCAUGUUUUUGGGAUGUGGGAGGAAACCGGAGAAAAGCCACGCAGGCACGGGGAGAACAUGCAAACUCCACACCGGCUCAGAACCGUGAGGCAGAUGUGCUAACCGGUCCCCCACUCGGAGUCAAUUGAAUGCAAAUAAAUCCGACUUUCCCUGUGGCCCAGACGAGCUGUGAGCUACUACGUAAGUUGUAGCGUUGGACAGACAGGGAGCAGGUUGUGUGGGCCACACACACUCAAAAUAACUGUGUGUGUGUGUCUAUAUACCACAAGUGCCUCAGACGUACACAUUUCUGCUCCAGACAGCGAGGAAUCCCUGCGCCUGGAAAAUGUGUGUCUGUUUAUUUGAAUAGUCACACACCUUGGUAUUUUGGCAAAUCCUCCAAAAUACGGAGCUACACGCUGGCAUAUACGGCAAACAGGAAAGUGUGAGGCAUUAGAAGCACUAUACAGAUUUGGAUGAUUUCUCAUUGAAUUUAAAUUAGCGAUGGGAAGUAAGCAAGCAACUAAAAUGACGCUUGAUGUUAAGAACGUUUCGAUUUUUUUUUGGGCUUGUCUGGGCUACUGCAAAAAAAAAAAAAAAAAAAAAAAACAUUCUCGCCGACUGUUGUUGUCACUGGCAGGACGAGGACGGCCCGCCCCGCCCUCACCCCGGGAGCGGGAAGGGGGAUGAGGGGAAAAUCCCAAGAUGCCGCACUCACUGCUGAUGCAGCACUGUUCGGACGGACGGGGGGCUUCGCGGGGUGAAGAAAAAUCCCCAGUUGAGGUUCUGGAGAACAGAAGCUCGCGCAGUCUCGGUGCGACUGGGUUUUUCGCGCUCGACCCCUUUUAGCUCGUUUAAAAGCGUUCGACGACAACCUGUUACAUUAUCCGUCUGUUUGACUCGCCCGUGACAAAAUGUCUUGAGGUUUGUGUCGCGUUAGCGCUCGUGCCUUGUGGCCCGUCAUGUUGUUCGUCCCCGCAGUUAGCGGGAGACCGUAACGACGACAAGCGUUUUCAAAGCGGAUGGUCGGGUAAUGUCAGCGCGGCGUGUUCCACGGGUCAGAUCAAACGUCCAAAGUGUUGAGUGCGCUUGUGUAUUUUUACAGUUGCAGAAAUUCAAAAGACCGAGCAGAUUCGGUGUUAAGCUCUCUGCCGGAUAACGCUUGAGGAAUGUGAAUGAAAAUAAAACUGUUAAUCAUCAAAAUCUUGCCGAAUGUGGAGGGAAGGCCGAAGCGCCGCAGUUCCCAUCAGCCACUUCUCGAGCACAGUUGCAAGCCAGCUGGACCUUCAAAGGCGUGUGUGCGUGCGUGCGUGCGUGUUCAGGGGCUCCGAAACGCCAAUGUGUGUUUGGCUUUGCUUUGACAGAAUCAUGCGCCCCCCAUCACAGCUUCAGCCACGGGCAGCGCUGACCUCCCCACCGAGCGCUUUUAGACAGAGCGUGGAUGUGUGGGCCUCACAGAGUGACUUGAAAGCGCCAGCGUCACGUUAAAGACCACAUUGAAGGUGUUUUCCCAAAUUUCAAAAGACCUCUCCUGGGGAAAGUCCUCACUCAGGUUUCAAAGUGGCUCCACGGCUGCCUUUCUGGAACUCGGAGGGGGGAAAAAAACGCUGCCCGGCCGAUUCCCAAGUGCUCUGUUUGCUGUCAGCAGAUAGAUGAAGAUAUCAACUUGCCACUUGAGCUUACGUCAAUAAAGGAAUGAGACACUCCGCAGGCAUCUUUAAAGUGGACGUUUUCAAGAGAAAAGAGAUGCCCCCCCCCCCCCCCCCCCUCCGGUCAUUGAACAAAAGCGUUUUCUCAUUUUGAAUCUUCAUGUCCGCCUCGGAUCAUCUGCAUAAUCAUCGCUGUUGUUUUCUUUCAAGGUCAAGGGAUUUUCUUCGUCUGAUAUGAUUAAUUUUGAAAAGUGGAUUUUCCUGUAUAAUGGUUCUCUGCGCCUUUCUGUUCCCAGAGGAUUCUUCUGCAAUGACAACAGCGUCAGUCUUCCCUAUAAAAGCAGCACAGUGUCCAGCACAGUGCUGACAGCCGUGGGGGUCACUGUACCUGUGGUCUCAAUCGUCAUUGGAGAGAGCUACAGGAUCUACUUCCUCAACGAGGGAUCGAAAUCAUUUGUGGGGAAUCCCUACAUUUCCGCCCUGUACAAGCAGGUGGGCGUGUUCGUUUUCGGCUGCGCCAUCAGUCAGUCUUUCACCGACAUCGCCAAAGUGUCGGUGGGCCGCCUGCGACCCCAUUUUCUCGACGUGUGCAAGCCCGACUUCACCACUAUCAACUGUUCCCUGGGCUACAUCGCCGACUACCAGUGUCAGGGGCCCGAGAGCCGAGUCCAGGAGGCCAGGAAGUCGUUUUUCUCUGGACACGCUUCCUUCUCCAUGUACACCAUGCUUUAUCUGGUGUUUUACCUGCAGUCUCGUUUCACCUGGCACGGAGCCCGAUUGCUGCGCCCGCUGACCCAGUUCACCCUCGUCAUGAUGUCCUUCUACACGGGCUUGUCCCGCGUCUCGGAUCACAAGCAUCACCCCACUGAUGUCCUGGCGGGUUUCCUUCAGGGCGCGCUGGUGGCCUACUGCAUUGCGUUCUUUGUAUCAGACUUGUUCAAGGCCAAAGGGAGACGUUGCGCCUUAUCGUCGACUCCCGUGAAAAAAGAGCUCGUUCCUCCGGCGGACAUCAGAGAGAGGAGCAAUCAUCUCAUCGUGGCGUAGCAUGCGCUGCAAACUGACCAUGUAGAAAUCACUACCACAGACACUGGCCCAACAAACUGCAACUGAAUGAACUCCGAGCGUGGAGGAAGCAGACAAAUUAGACAUCUUGGAAGGUUUCCAAAGAUGAGGAAAGGCUGCGUUUAUAUUAAAAAAAAAAACCCCAAAAAAACAACGUUAAAAAGUGCGGAAACGGGCGUGUGUUUCCUGGGUCUCGCUCGAAAAUUCCACGACGCAAGCGAGAAGACUGUUGGGCCUCCUGGCUCGCGAACGGCCACGAGCGCGGCUGACGAAGAGCAGCUGCGUCCAGCGGGGGCGCAAUUAUCCUGCCGCCCGCUCGCCGUGUGGCUCGUGCAAAUGUAAAAACAAAUUCCUUGAUUGGAGGAAGGAUGAUGUAUCACUUUCUUUUCUUCUCAUCUUUUUUUUUAUUGUCGAUAUACUAAUUGUAAAGGAAUGUUUGACGUCAAGCACUAUUUUAGCUCAACUCAUUAUUGGCUGUUACCACUUGUGAAGCUUUUGCAAAGCUUUGUAAGCAUUGUUGUAUGUAAUGUUGAUUUCAAAAGUGCACAUGUGUUGCAGUAGGCGAAAGGUAUGUGCUUGCAUGUUAGACGUGGGCCUCGUUCUGCUGGUUAGGACGAGGCCCCGCUGAGCCAUUUAAUGAAAUGACCGUCACUUAUGUGAACCAGACGUGUGCGUGUGUGUGUGUGUGUGUGUGUGUGCGUGUGCGCGUGCGCGUGAGUUUGGGUGGAUGCACAUGCUUCUGUCUCCGUGUGGUGUCUAUUUGGGUCAUUUACAUAUAUUUUGAUCAAUAACAGUUAAGAAAAAUCUAUUCUAGCUGUUGUUGUUUUUUUAUGGCAUCUUGGUUUUCUGUGGGUAAAUGUCUCCCAUGAUGAAACAGCGAACGCUUAAAGUCCUAUUUUCCAAAACUUGUUGAAGAAAUGUCAUUAGCAUCUUCAGGGGGGGAAAAAAAUCAUGAAAGUUCAUUUGGGACACCUAAUGGGGUAAACAUUUUGGCGUUAAGCAUUUGAAGAAUAUUUAAAAUAGGUUUUUCUUGGAAACAAUUAUGACCUUUUGAUGGGUAACAGCUGUCAAUCAUUCAAAUACUCAUAUCAGUAAAAUGAAUUGAUUUUCAAAAGAAAAUUCGGAGGGCUUUACCGUCUUUCCUGGUAUUGAUCAAAUGCUAAUAAAAUGACCCAAAUGUAUUUUAGCGUUUGGAGCCUUCCAAUGUGCCUCUCUGUGCGACCAGAGACGGAACACCUGCCGGUGGAGACGAAAACUGUAGAAAACAAGCGUAAUAUGGACCAAUCCAAGUGAUGAUUCACAUUGCUGAUAAACUCCUGUGACCACAUACUGUAUCUAUCUGACACGGGCCUUAUGUACUUACUGUUUUGAAGAACAAAAGGUACCAAAGCACAAGUUGACAAAACAGAAACCUUUGAAUGGAUUUGGCACAUUGUAAAGCACCUUGUAAAGCGUUUCAGCUCGUGAGUUUUUACACAUUUCAACGGGUUUACAUGCUCUUUUUGAUAGGAAAUAAUACUCUGAACCACUCACUGCAAGCUUCAUCUUAGUUCACGUGUGAAGAGCCAUUUCCUUUCACAAUUGUCUUGAAAACAUAUCUCGCAGAAGUACUAGGGCCCGAUCGAUAUGAAUUUUUUGAGGCCGAUACCGAUCCUGAUAUUCGGCAGAACAAAAUUCCGAUAACCGAUUAAUCGGCCGAUUAUUUGGAAAAACUUUUUUUUUUUUUUAUUAAAAAUAUACACACUUAGUGCUUUCAACAUUAAAGACAUGAAUUACAGGCAGAACAAUACUUUGUCUUUACUUUUGCAACAGAGAAUUGCUGAUUUUUGUUCAUUUGAAUGUAUUUCUCUUUCUCUUAUUUUGUAAAUGUGUUUUUUUUUCAAUCGGCCAAUUUCUUUUUGUUGGUUUUUUUUUUUGCUGAUAUGAAAAGGGCUCAUAUUAACCGGUCGGGCCCUAGUAUAUACAGUGUAUUACUACACAUUGUAUCAUAUGUGUAUGUGUGUCUGUUGUGGAAACGCCCACUAGGACUUUGUGUCUGCACCUGUGUAAAUGUUCGACAUGCUGCUUGAGGAGGCGACCGUCAUUGUGAAUAUUGAGGGCUACAAAAAAAACACAAAAAAGCUUCAGUACAUUUCUGUUUAAAGUGCCUUUCAGUAUUUUUGUACUGCCAAUGUUGAAAUGUCGACACUGAAGGAUGUAAAAGUGUCUUGAAUA